CUAGGGUAGCCUGGGUACGGUUAAAACAGGGUACGGUUGAAACAACUCUAAUAAUUCCUAAACUAUGGGCGGUACGACGAGGGGUCCAAGGGGAGAGGGACGCGGCUUGCGAGUCCAGACAUGAAUCACAGUGCUUCGUCGCAUUUCGCGCGCCGUGCACGUGUGUAGGUGGCCUCAUUGUAUUUUUUUCGACAAAAAUGCCGAGAGUACGUGUAAGGAAGACUUUGAGGGCGCAGAUCGACUUGUUGCAGUACAAAAACGCUUAUGAAGAUGUAAAAGCAGGAUAUUCAUUGCGGACAGCUGCGGAGAAGCAUGGAGUAAACCACUGUUCGCUCUUAAGGUAUGUAAGAAAGCGAGAUGCAUCUGGUGGAGAAGAUAAUCAAGACAUGGGGUACAAGGCACACAACCGAGUUUUCAAUGAACAGCAAGAGCGGGACCUUUCAAAAUACUUGAUUCGCUGUGCAGAUAUAUAUUUCGGCCUUACGAAAAAGGAUGUACUAAAAUUAGCAUACGAACUUACCAUUAAGUAUAAAUUGGCACGACCCCGUACUUGGGAUGACAAAUUGGUGGCUGGUGAAGAAUGGUUUCGUAUGUUUAUGAGGAGAAACCCUGAACUUUCAGUACGGGCGGCCCAAGCUACAAGCCUCUCAAGAGCGACUAGCUUCAACAAAAGCAACGUAGAUGCUUUCUAUGAUAAUCUGACGAUCGUCAUGGAUCGCGAUAAUUUUGGGCCACAAGAUAUAUAUAACGCCGACGAAACAGGCAUUACCACAGUACAGAAGCCCAAUAGAGUGGUAGCAAGGCGGGGUGCUAGACAAGUGGGUUCUGUGACUUCAGCCGAAAGGGGCACACUUGUCACAGUUGCCUUUGCGGGGAAUGCCAUCGGAAAUGUCAUUCCUCCCUUCUUCGUCUUUCCAAGAGUGCGCUUUCAAGAACAUUUUGUUAGAGAUGGACCCGUAGGAUCUGCUGGAGGUGCAAACCCCUCUGGCUGGAUGCAAGACGAGACAUUUUUAAAAUUUUUGGAGCACUUUAAAAAAUAUACAAAUGCAUCCCCUUUACAUAAAGUGUUACUUGUGCUCGAUAACCACUCGUCGCACAUACAUAUUAACUCACUGGACUUUUGCAAGGUCAAUGGCAUUGUCUUACUAAGUUUCCCUCCCCAUUGCUCACACAAGCUCCAGCCGCUUGAUCGAUCUGCAUACGGCCCUUUAAAGAAAGCUAUAAAUUCAACCUCUGAUGCAUGGAUGCGUAACAAUCCAGGAAAGACAAUGUCAAUUUAUGACAUCCCAGGUAUUGUAGCGUCUGCUAUGCCAGUUGCUCUUACACCAUCAAACAUUCAAGCUGGAUUUCGUAAAACGGGAAUUUACCCAUAUAAUCGGAAUCUAUUUACUGAACUCGAUUAUGCGCCUGCAUUUGUAACAGAUAGGCCAAACCCCGAAAAUAUUACAGAGGCUGAGUUUGCUCCUAUAAUUAAUACUAGGCCAACUGAAGAUGAAACGCCGCCAUUAUCGCCUUCUAUCUUGAGUAAUGAACCACCGGUAGAGACAGCGGUUGAAUUUUAUGCUAUAAAUAGUUCACCAGUCCUAAGAACAGAACAGGAACAUAUUGCUGAAGGGCAAACGCAAGCUUUUAAAACACCACCUAGAUGUCAAAGCAGCAUAAAUGUUCAGCAAUCUUCGCCAAAACCAUCUACAAGUGCUCAACCAAUGUGUUUGAGAGAUAAUGAAGUAUUUUCACCAGAACAAAUACGACCUUUACCAAAAGCUCCUCCAAGGAAAUCUAAAAAAGGGCGAAAACUCAGGAAGUCAACUAUUUACACUGAUACACCCGAGAAAGAAGAGAUAAGAAUGGAACAUGAAAUAAGAAUGAAACGGACCAAAGCUAAGCAAGUUAAGAAAAGAUUUGAUGGAGUAAAAACAAGGAAAAUCACCACAAAGGGGUCAAAAAAUAAUACACAGCAGGAAUCAUCAUCAGAAGAAGAGGAAUGUUUCUGCCUUGUUUGUAUGUCACCGUAUUCAGAGAGCAGAUCUAGAGAAAAGUGGAUACAAUGCGCCUCUUGUAAACUAUGGGCUCACGAAGAGUGCACAGAAGGUGGGCUUAGCUAUGUUUGCCACAACUGUGACUCAGAUUAAUCCCAAAUCUUAGUUUAUGUUAAAUUUAUGACUUGAAA